GCUGCGCAGAGGAUUGCGGUGGAAAUAAAAUUUAAUUCGAAUAAAAUAAAUAGAAAAGAAAAUAAAUUGUUCGCCUUCAUCGUCGGCCAUCCGGAAACCCUAAGCCUAGAAAUUCAGACUGAGGACGAUCGGAAGCAGCGGUGAAGUUAGAUAAACAUUAGCAAUCAUGAGAGGGACGAAGCGUAUGGCAACCUCCGACUCUGCUCCUGUUUUCAGUUCCAACGACUCCUUCAUGCAGAGCAAGAGAGUAACGGGUGGAUCUUUGUUUAGUGCGGAAAAGGCAGAACCGUCGGUUGCGCAGCCGUCUUUGGACAUGAAGAGGGCACAAUCAUCAGGGCGGCACGUUAGAGCUCUCAAUACUCAGUUUGCAAGCUGGGUACAAACCCAAUUACAAAACCAUCCGGAUGAGCUAUGGGAAGAUGGAGUGCAGGAUUACUUAAAUCAUGCUAAAAGCAUCAUGGAGAAAUUUAGUGAUGUGGUCAACUGGUUGAAAGCAAAUGCUGCAAAAGGAGAAAGUUUAGGCGAGCUUCCUUCUAAUGAUGGUUUAAUGAAACCAUCGUUUGGACUUGAGAAAAACAAAGACAAAUUGUUUUUCGAGAAACCUGCAUUUUCUGCUGCUACAGCUACAAGCUUUGGAACAUCAUGGAGUCCUGGAAUUUUUUCUAAUAAUAGUUCCCCUUUCACAUUUGGAGUAAGCCAGGCAUCUGCACCUUUCGGUACCAAUUCAGCUGUGACAAAUCUAGGUGCUUCGAAUGAGACAGAAGGGGAAGAUGAUAUUGAACAACCAAGCAGCCCAUCUGUGAAAAAGAGUGAAGAGAAAGGAAUUCUUACUGUACAUGAGGUUAAAUGCAAACUUUAUGUGAAGCCAAAUGAUCCUGCUGACAAAGAUGCUUGGAAAGAUAAAGGCAUGGGUCAACUUAGUAUCAAAUGCAAGGAAGGUGUUAGCAAGGGAACCAAUGAAUCUAAACCGACGAUCAUCAUACGCAAUGAUGUGGGAAAAGUGAUCCUCAAUGCUUUGUUAUAUCCAGGCAUCAAAACAAACUUGCAAAAGAAUUCAGUAGUAGCAAUAUUUCAUACUUCGGGUGAUGGCGAUGACAGUAAUGCAGUUGUUGCUCGGACAUUCUUGAUAAGAACCAAGACUGAAGAAGACAGGGAUAAACUUGCUGCUAUCAUUCAGGAAUAUGCACCUGCGGCCUGAUAUUCAUCUGCAUACACCGUAAAUCAUUUUGUUGUACAUCUGGUCCACCUGGACCAAGAGCUCCAUGGAUGCAUCCUUGGGAUUUUCCUUCCGCUGGAACAACUUCUUCCCAAAUAUUAAGAUGCUAGGAACCAUAACUUAAAAAAUGAAAAGUGGGAAUCCCAGAUAUCAAAU